UGUGUCGCUCCUAAUGAAAAUUUAUAAUGGCGGCAUAAUCCCUGCUUGUGACAACGACUUUUCCUAUUUGAAUCGAGUCAUAUUUUUCAACGCAUUAGGUGAGAAAAUGCAAAGACGGAUAUUAAAGAGCGAAAGCCCGAUUAUUGAACGUUCGUAUCAGCGGAAGCAGAUGACAAAGCGUUCUCAUGCAGCCUUCACGUGGGUGUUUGUCAACGUAAUUUUGGCCGCAAUUUUCUUCACUGAGUUGGUUUUUGGAUCUGUGGCAGAAUAUUUUGAAUUUGAACAUCCUCUGGUGUGGUUUGUUGUUUGUGGCUUGGCAAUCUGGUUCACCUUCUGUUUCAUCGUGGAUCUCUAUCAUUAUAUGAGACCUGUUCUGGGACAGAAUAGUGUGGUGCUUUCAUUGGAUCAAAGAAAGCUUCUUGGCAUUCAACCAACAGACUCAGGAUUCAAGCUGGCCCCACCUGAAUCUCCUACUAGUCAUGGAUCUGCUGUCUCUCCUUCCAUUAUCCCCAACACUUCCUCCCCCACCAUGAUUAUGACUACAACCAUCACCAGGACGCCACCUCGGCCUCAUGGAACCCCACCAAGGUCUAACAGUAGCUCACCAAGAUCCCCCAUAAUGGGUACACCAUCAUUUUACAAUGAGACAGUGAGCAGUCCUGAUACAAGGUCAAGGCACUCAUCCCCAGGCCGGUCACCAUUUCCCUCCAGUGAUCACAUGACAGAUUUAAACUCACUUGAGCAGUAUCUCAGAGAACAACAACAAGAAGAGGGAAGAUUACAUAGAGUUGCCUCAUCAGAUGCCCUUACACCAGGGCGUGGACAAUCUUUCUGGUCUGGCUACCGACAUGACUUUACUCCCCCACUUAGUGUAUACAGGAUUGCAAGAAGGUCACCCGAUCUCAGCUCUUCAAGGGAUGACGAUGAUGCAGGCUAUAAUAGCACCAAAGCUGAUGAGAUUUGGACCCAAUAUGCUGUGACAAGAACAGAUCUGGAUCACUGGAUUGAGAACUGCAGAAAGUGGCUUUGUCAAACGAUACUGUGUCGGCUUGUGGAGCAGAUUGAAGCCGUUAAUGAGACUCUCUGUAGAAUUGGCUGCUCAGAACUUCAAGUUGGAACAAUCAGUCUCAGCGCAGCCAGACAAGUAGCUGUUACUAAAGCCGACCAGGCUCCAACGUUACGGGCCAUCAUUCCAUAUUUAGAAGCUUCGAAUAAUCAGGAAUACCUCGUGAAACGCCUGUCAGAACUAGCACAAGGUGGUUGUAUGGGUCUAUACCGAUGGAAUUGCGGCGGGCAGUACAGAGGCAAAUCGUGGGAACAAGACUUAUUAGCCGAUUCGCAGUUACUUCUUCACAUGUUCUGUACAUAUAUGGAUUCCCGCCUGCCUGCAGACCCCACGUUCCCGGAUGGAAGGACCUUCACCGGGCUUCAUUUCCUCAAGACUCCAGACAAACCAAAUGCGCGAAAGAGUGACUUGUGUAUCUAUCAGUCUCGUCUUCAUCCGCCACAUUUCAAGGUUAUCAUUGAAGAUGAAGUCUACGAUAUGCCCAAGGGACAGAACAACUUGUUUCACACCAUCGUCUUCUUCCUUCAUCACGUGAAAACCAAGCAGUAUGGAAUGCUGGGGCGAGUAAACUUGGGAAUGUCCGGUGUGAACAUUCUCUGCAUUCUGAACAUGAAGUGAGUGUAAACAGCAGUCCUCUCCAAAUGUACGAGGUAAAGGAGCUAAAAUGAUUAUUCACGCUAAUCGCUUGGUCACCGUUUAAAGGAGAAAAGAGGGGAGCGAUCUUAUUGUCCAGCGACAAGCCUUUAUCAGGUUUGACACGUGAUAAUUACGUUAUCUUGACUUCAUCAGAAUUUAUGAGACCAGGAGUGGCGUAUGGAGUUGUCUAGAGGAGCCAGUAACAUCCAUUUUGGAUCCAUGCUACUUAUAGCACUUGCUGUGUGAACGUUGGCGUUUAUUUUGGAGAUACGUGGAUAUUCUUUUGUUGCAAAUCAAUUAAGGGAAAGAAGAAUGAAUUGCUGAAAAAGGGCAGAUGAAACGCAUUUUGUUUUUAUUUUUAUAUUGACGGUACAGCUCAGCUAUUAGAAGAGUUGUUCGAGAAAUUUAGACCUGUGUGGAAUAAUCAAUAUUUUUUCUGAGAACAUAUUUUCUUACAGUUAAAAAAACUUAAUCUGUUACCAGCAUGAGGUUAAAAGCCUCUGGCACUAGAUAGAA